UACCAUUUUUGCGCGCGGCCACUGUGCUUAAAAAUAAGUUUCGGGACAGAAGUUUUUUCGUGCAAUUAGUUAGUUUAAGAUUAAGGUGAGAUUCCACCGUAAACAUUUGUAUUCCUGUUAACCUUAUUUACCUGAUUGCUUAUUCUGUCGAUGCUCGUCUAGGUUGAUUGACAUGGUUGAUGAUUAACCCUCAGGCGUCUGAACUUCCGCAGCAUCACUAGUUUAGAGCGAUUAGGGACAAAAUCUAUUUGAGUUCUCAAGAUCAGACAGGCAAGGUAAGCUAUAUUGUCAAAGAAUUUAUAGGUAAUAUCAAUGUUUUCUGAAAAAACGCUUUUCAAAACUGGAUGUGACCACAUGAAGAAAGCGGCUUGGUCGGUGACCUUUUGCCACCGGCGGGUGAGAAACAGAAAUUGUUGCACUGGUUUUCCCUAAGUUUGAGUUCGAAUUUGUUUAAAAAUUAGGACAUAUUCUGAAUUGAUGUUCUUUACUAGGAUGUGCCGGUUCUGUAUGGCGCUGGGAAGGAAAAUAAAAUUUUUGAGAAUUUUUUUAGAGAUGCCAUACGUUAGUUCCAGGUUAGGGCUUUUUCAUUACACAUUACACUAAAGAUCUACAAUGCCAUUGAACAGACAAUUGAUAUAAGAUUUUGAGUCCAAUUCUUUCCCUUCCUUUUUUUGAUAUAGUUGUGACAUUGCUUCAUUAUCACUAUCUGUCUUUUGAUAACGACUUUGGAACUUCAACACUGCUGGAUAUUCAGGGGCGAAUCCAGAGAAUUAGAAAAAAAAGAGGGGGGAUUUGGGGAGGAAUAGGGUGAUAAGGGUGGAACCUCACCCCACGUCCACAGCAUAUAAACAAUCACUCCAGACACUUAAGGUUACAAGAUUGAAACAAAUCACAUUGUUGCAAUGGUAGCUUUGUUUACUAAAAUUUCAUCCUGUGGGAUGAAGAUGUUUUAGAGAUCUAUAUCCUUAGUUUGAUAAUGGUAGAUAAAUGCUGUUGCCUUAUGGAUGUCGUGCUUUCUAAUUUAGGACAAAAAUUUUCUUCCCUUUUCAGUUUGGCAAUGUUUUCUCUUCUGUGGGAUGAAAAAUUAAAGCCUGAAAUCAAUUCAAUUUGAUCAAAUUUCUUCACCUUUCCUUAGGCAUAGACCUGUGUCAGCAUUUCUUAGUAUCAGUGUUUUUUUCAUAUUAUAUAUUGUUUCAAAUAUGUUAUUCCUCUCUGUGAGAAUACCUGUAAAGGAUAUAUUUGGUCUAAGAGGCUGUUGUUGGGAGAUUCUCAUUAUGUGUCAGAAAUUGAUUGCAUUCAGAAAGUUCUAGGAAUGUUUACCACAAGAACUUUUUGACAAAAUGUGUAAAACCACCAUGUGAAAGGGAUUACUGAUUUUUCACAAGCAUUUCACAUACAAAUGUUAUUUUUAAUUGAAAAAUGGAGUGUGAAAACAGUCAUUUUUUUGGAUCAACCUAACCUCGGAAUCAGUACCUGCUCAGGUUCUACUAAAGUGCUUUUCAUCUCAGACCUCAGACAAGAUGGAUUUUUCAAGCUGUGGGUGAUGAUUGUGGCCAUGAACAAUCAUAUAAUAAGCCAAAUUAUCCAUGCAUUUUGAUUAGUUCUUACUUACAAUCUAUUGGAAGAUAGGCUCAUUAAGAUGACAGCAUCAUUAACAACAUUUUGCCCUUUUUUAUCAUCACAAAUAUGUUUUUUUGAUAAAUGACAAAAAAUGUUGUCAUUGUUCUUAUAAAAGUUUGAGCUCAUCAGUGACCUUAAUUAUUACUGUCUGAACAGACCCACAGCAACAUGGAAUCUAUUUGUUAACCCUUUAACUUCCAAGAUCUGAUUGUUAAUUCUCCCCUCUAGCUGCUACACAUUUCCUUGUAAAUUAGCUAUGAGAACUUGGUGCUAGAUCAAGAUAGCAGCUUCUACCUGCUUAUAAGUUUUAAUAUUCUCAUUACCUGAUUGCUGAAUAAUGACAGAUAUUGUAAGGAGAAGUUUAAUGUUAAUAACUUAAUAACUUCUGGGAGUUAAAGGGUUAACUAGAUAUAUUAAAAUUUUCUCUUUUUUCAAGGCGGUCUUGACACAUUUUUACUGGUUAGGAUUAUGUUGGCCAUACUAUCAGGAGUUGUAGGAUUAUUGUUUUUGCUAUGGAUGUUCUAUGACUUUUUAUGGCCACCACCUGUAUUUGUUGAGAGACAACUUGGUAAACCAGAUCUGCCAAUUGAGUACAAUUUGGUACACACUGUAAGUUGUUAAUUAUUAUCAAGAAUUAAUUAUGCAGAAUUGUUUUAUUUUCUGGAAAUAAAUAAAGUCACUGGUACAAAGUCAGACUACCCCAACUUACCCUAGUCAUGGGAAGAACUGCCAUUUAUGAGUAACAUCAUAUAUAAUUAAGUGGGCCCCUCUGAGUGACCAGCAUCUAACUUCUCCUGACGAUUAUACUGUUGAAUCAUUCAUUAAGAUCAUGAGAAUAAAGGACAUGAUCAGCAACUUAAGAAGCUUUGAUUGCUAAACUAAUUUCUCCUUGUCUGUACCAAAGGGAAUGUAUAUAGAAGAGUGUGGAGUAAAUGAAUUCUAAUAUUAGAGUGUGAAGGGUUAACAAAUCCAAGACUUUAUCAUUUAGGUUGUAUGGAAUUGCAUAAGCCAGGAAACAACACUGAGCCAUACACCUCUCAGAUGUGAUUGGAUGAAAACAUCUUUUGAACACAGCUUACUACUUUGAUUCAGUUUUCAACUCUUUUGUUUUGCUUUCAGGCCAAAAAUAUUCCUAGGUUGGCUGGAAAACAAUUGCUCUUCAGUAAAUGGCUUGGGAGAACUGUACGUAAACAAAGCUAAUUUUGAUAGAAAUGAUUUUAUCCAUUAAAUUAAUAUGAUUAUAAAUAAGUUGCGAUGAUAAGUUAUGUUAUUAAUUUUUCAGGGCCUGGGAAAUGUUUUGAAAAGGAUUGCAUUUAGGUGUGUAAUGACCAAGUGUGUAGUGUUGAUUUUAACGUCUUGAUAAUAGGUUGGUCCUGUAUUGUUAGAUCUUACCAUAAGUGCUGUGACGGCUCGUUGCUUGAGGUAGAUACAGACAGAGUUAGACAGACAGAGAGAUAGACAGACAAACAAAACAUCAGACAGAAGGUCAAACAGACAGCCAAGCAGACACACAGACAGACAGGAAGAGAUUAACUACACAUGAACUCUCUAGAAAGAAGAUUGCCCAGCAGGGCUGUCCCUAAGUUUUGAAGCAGCCAUUACUUUGGAGUUAUCACCCAUAGCAGUGUAAUACACGGUUAAGUGAAACCUAACAGCAAUCAAAAUCCUUUACUGUAACAUUGAGUGAGCUCAGCCAUAACAGGACUGAUGGUAUGCAUUACAACCCUUACUGGCCUUUUUUAGUGAACAAUUAACCUAACAGAUAUAGGGAAAGUAGAAAGUUUCUCUCCUUUGAUUCCCUCUUCGUAUGAAAUUUUUAUCCAAGAAUUAUGACCGUUCAGAUUUUAUUUUUAAUAGCUAGAAAUGAUGCAUACACACCAAGCUAAAACAUAAGUAAUGUGUGGGGAAGAAUCAGAGAGUUUUCUGAAGUGAUGAGUCCUGAACACAAAAUUAAACUGACUUUACUGACAAUGCUAUUUUUUUAACUCUUGUAGAAAAGCAGGGUUGGACUUGCUUAUAAGAAUCAAAAUACCUGAUGCUCCAACAUUAUUUCCUUUGCCUGAGCCUCAUCAACAUAGAAAGAGCUAUGAACCUGUUGACUUUGACAAAUUGAUUGAGGAAAGGUGUGAACCAUAAAUAAUUUACUUUUAUUAAUUACCAGUACCAGUAAUAGUACAUGCAGAUCAAAGUCUAUGUUUGUACAUUUUGAAUCUCUUAUAUUUCAAAGUUAUCAAUUCUUGAACAUUGUAAGGGAGGUGGUACCAGCCAGACAGAUGCAUGAAAGAUAUGUUUCUGGUUAAAAUAAAAGGAUUCAAUGAAAGAAUGUUUCCAUGUCAAGGAAUAAAAUGAAUUUAUAUAAAGGUUCUGCUUAGCCCAACUAGAGCUUCAAUAGUUCCUUUUAUGCACCCUAGGCCCCAGUUGUUUGAAGGUGGGAUAAAUCUCUACCCAGUGGAUAACACUAUAUGUUUUGCUGUCACUUAUCCACUGGAUAGAAAUAUAUUCAUUGGAUAGUGUUAUCUGCCCUUUAUACAACUGGGCCCAGGACAAUAAUCAGCUUCCUCUUUCCUCUUACCUCUCCUUAUGACUUGGUAUAAAGCUCUCAGGGAGUUCCUGCACACCCUCCCCCUCUCCUAAAUAAGCUCCCAUCCAAAAACUCUGGAAUUUGUUGAUAGCCUUAAGGGGAAAGGGGAGGGGGGGGGGGGCUUUUUCGAGUCUUAAAGUUGACAGGCUAAGCAAUCACAAUCUUUUUGAUAUUCAUUUGGCUUAAGUACACCAAAUAUUUGAUGAAUAGAUAUGAAGUUUUUUUUGGCUGAUUUUGUUUCUUUAAAAUCAUUAGCAUUGAAAAACCAAAAGAAUCUUCCUUCAAGUUUGUAACCAUUCCAAACCUCAUAAAGGAAUACAGGUAAACUGAAUAUUAUUUAAAUUUGCAUUCGCUUGGUUUAAAUUUUGUAGCACCAUUUUAGAACGACUACAUAAGGUACAAACUCCCAUUUACACUUGCAGUUAAACUUGUUUUCUUGCUACAGGUCACACACAGUCACUCCAAUGCAGAUAGCAGAAAGAGUGAUAGAGAUCAUUAGUGACACAGAAAAACAGAACCCCAAAUUAAGAGCCAUUGUCCAGCAUGACAAAGAUGAAAUUUUGAAGGUAGUAUCUCAUACCAAGUUAUUUUGCAGUUCUGAACAUAUCAGUGUAUUAGAAGCCUUUUUUCAUUUGAAUUUGAUCAGAUGGCAGCAGCAUCUACCAAACGAUAUGCUGAGGGUAAUCCAUUGUCUUUUGUGGAUGGGAUUCCUGUGGCUGUGAAAGGGGAGUAUCAUGUGGUAAGUUUCUCACAAGACUGUCUAUUUUCACAGUGCAUCUCUCUAGUAAGGUUUUUUAGAAAGUUACUGGGGAACUUAGCAAAAUACAAUCAGCCAUAGACUUGUCUCCUGAAAAGAGGGAGUAUCAAUACUCCUAAUUGCUUCAUGUUACAAAAACUGGUACACUCUUCAGCAAUUUAAGUGAGUCGUGUUUGUAGAUGUUACUGUAGCAAUUCUUUUGCUUCAAAAUAAUUAGUUGCUUAACAAAUUGGGUAAAUAAAAUACAUUUUUUAAUGAAAGGUGUACCAUUUGUGCAUGUAAAAAGAAAAAUAGGUGUUAAUUAAUGUUUACAUUUAUGGAAAAAUAACAGCAAAUUGGAGCCAAACAGUGUAUAGAGGGAUAAGGUGAUAAGAUCCCUAGUGCCACACCUGAUGUAAUGUAGACAGUAAAAUGACUGAAGCCUUAAAAAAUUUCUCGUUUAAUGAAACGUAUCUACUGCAUGACAUUUUCUUUGUUUUAGGGGGUUGGAGCAUGAACAUUAUGAUAUAAUUACUACUUGGAUAUGAAUAUUGAUUGUGAUUUGUACUAAAUGUUUCAAGGCGCCAUACUAUACUCGUUGUGGCACCACAUUUAUGGGGAAGACACCCUCAACAGAAGAUGCUCACAUAGUUAAGAAGCUGAGAGAUGGAGGAGCAAUCAUUAUUGGUAUAGCUAACAUGCAUGAGUUGGGAAUUGGGACUACAGGAAACAAUCCAAACAGGUGACAAUCUUGGACUCCAUACCAUAGUAUGUGUAAUCAAACAAUUUAUUAUAAUGAAUCUCAAAACUAUCUGUUUUAUAUUUCUUUUGGGUGGCCUUACAAUGAGAUAUUAAAACAUGAUGUUCUUGUGACAACAUAUCACCUUUUUCUUGUACAAAUGAUAAAUGGUGGAUGACGAAAAUUAAGUUUGAAAUUAUAUGGGAAUAAAAAAAAAUGUAUGGAAAUAUGAGUACCAGAAAAUCUACUUUCACUCUUUCAUUUCUGUAUAUACUAUCACUAACCAUUUAUUAUUUGUAUUUGAUAAUAGUGUUAUGUUUUCAUUGAAAUGUCAUGCUGCAGUAUCCUUUAUUUUCAUUCUAAUAAAGAGGAAUUUCUAGUUUAUGAUAAUCAAGAUUGUCCUGACUGACUCUGAGUCCAAUCCCAAUAUCCUUAUCUAUUUGAACAGACUUCAUGGAAUUCCAAGAAAUCCGUACAACGUCAAUCAUUACACUGGAGGGAGUUCAAGUGGGUCUGCUGUGGCAGUGGCUGCAGGUAUACCAACGAGUGAAAAUGUUUCUAAUCCCGCUUAUUGUUGUUUUUGAUAAGCACUUUGUUGUCCAUUCAGGCUUGUGCCCAAUCGCUUUAGGAACAGACGGUGGAGGUUCUAUUCGUAUUCCAGCGGCAGCAUGUGGAGUGGUUGGAAUAAAAGGUUAGGUAGAUAUGUCUGAUAAAAAACAGCGGUCGAAGCUGUGAUCAAUUUGAUCGCUAUGGCGUGUGGAAAAAAUAUUUAUGAGACUGAAAUUUCAGCAAAAGUUUCCAAAUUGGUGAUCAAUGUUUGGCAGUCAAGUAACAAGAUGUAAAGUUUUCCUUCUUUAAUUUUUUUUAUGAACUUAAGUUUAAGUGAAAUAAACUUUUGUAUAAGGUGUUAAUAGUGCUCCUUUCCUGCAGUCAUGCGAUGUUUUGUUGCUUGUCAUUCAUCUGCCUUUGUUUCUCGCUUUUAGACGUAAAAAAAGCAAAAAAUAUAUAUAUAAUAAUUGGUCUUUCUCAUACUAUUGGUUACACUGUACCCCACAAAUGUCUAAGUUUUUUUUUACAAAAGAUGUUAAGUUGCGUCAACGAAUUUUGUCAAUCCUCAAUUAGCUCCAACACAAACUCAAGACCCUGGACGCAACGUGUCCAAAACAUCAACCACGUCCACCAUGAAGUGUGGUUAGAGAGCCUCCUCGUAGAUCUGGUAUUCCGAAAAACGUAUUUAUUAUUUUAGCGUUUAAUAAUCAUUAUUUGCUUAUUUUUCUAGCAUCUUGUGGCCGCAUAAGCACCAGUGGAGAAGUUCCCCUGGCACAUACCGUUAGUUAUGUUGGUAAGUUGUGGUAUUCAUUGUUAAAUUUUGAAAACCAGCAAUUACAAAUGUAGGAAUUAAAUAAAACUGACAAAUCUGAAUUUUAACAGAAGUCGACACAGAGUUUCAUUCGCACAAAAACUUUCCGAGGAUCUUAAGCCCUAAAAGAAAAGUUGAACUUCUUUGGGCAACACAAUAAACAAUGGCGUGUCGAAGUAUUCCGUAGAAGCUUAUUCAGUGAGGGCAGACUACGCUUAGUGUUGCUGAAACAUGUCCAGUGACGGUUAAAUUCGUCUGAGGACGGUAAUGUGUAUUUAGUGGCGGUGCAGUAGGUCCAGUGACGGUUUAAGACGUGUUGUAACGGUGAAGUUAGCUUUUAAUCAAUGAAGGACUUUAAGUGACAUGUUAAUAGUUCAGGUAAUUGUAUAGUAUGGUUGGUAAUACUCAAGUGUUCUUAGUGACAGUUAAGUUCAAUUCAUCUUGUUAUGUUAACGCACGUUUUUUUUACAGUUAAGUACUUCCAAUGACGGAUAACCUCUUUCAGCGGGGAUAAAAUAUAGUCUAUCCUUUCCUAUUGUCUACUCGUGAAGUACACUUAGUGACGGAUAUGUUUGUCCAGUGAUGCUGGAGCACGUACGGCUUCGAAAACGAACGCUUACUGGCGGUUAAAUAGCCCCAGCCACCCCCCCCCUCUCUUUGCUUUGUGACAAACGAAAAACUUAUGUUUUGAUCCUCUUACAACUUAUUUUAACAGGACCUCUUUGUGCCACUGUGAGCGAUGCAGCCUUGGUGUAUGGUAGGUGAUCUAAAAGAAUUAAAUUUGUUAACUUUUGAAUUCCCAAUAGCCUUUAUUUAUGUUAAUGUCACGCUGGUCAAUUUUACUACCAAACCCCGCUUUCUGUCGAAUUCCCAGAGCAGCAAAGAUGAAAAGAAUCCCCGUAAGUUGGACUGCAUGAAGUUGGAGGGAGUGGGAAUGAUUUCAUACUUUAUGUUCGAGACUUGGUGAUAAAUUUUGUGCAUCUUGCAUAAGGCGUCUUCUUAAACUUUUAAUAUUUACACUGCUGACAAUGAUUAUAAAUUUUUUUUCUGCUUUUUGUUUGCGUUGAGUUUGUUCAAAUAAACCUUUACGUUUGAAUUAUUUUCAGCAUUUUUAGCUGGUAAAGACGAAGAGGACCCCAAAAGUAAGUUUACUUGUUUUCUGUCUGCAGUGGUUUUCGGGUUGGGCCAAAACUUAUUAGAAAGCCGUCCCCGUUUUGUUUGGGUUCAUGUAUAUUUGGAGGGGGAACUUGUUGAUCGAGUGUUGAGUGAGUAGGAUCCCAUGAUUGAACCGAUUAGGUUCAAGUCCAGGCGAGGGUUGUUGCGUUGUGUUCUCGGGUAGGACUGGGGUCACUGUGCAGCACAUAAGUGUCUAUGCCCGAGGUAAGAAUUUUCAGAGCACCUUGACAGAAUUGCCAAGCGGUUGUCCUACGAUGAAUGUAUAUCACAUACAGGGAGAGUAACGAAACUCUCAAGGAUUUUGGGUUCAACUACGGCACUCAGGAGUCAUUAGACUUAUACAAAGACUUUAAACCGGGCUAGGUUGUGAUAUUUCAGUUACAGUCGAGCGUAUUGGCUUAUGGGCGUUCAACAAGGGAAUUGCACCGCGUUCGCCCCCUAUCGAGUUCGCCCCUUCGAGUUCGCCCCUACCUUAUGCCGUGUUCGCCCCCACACUUUUCGAGUUCGACCCCAUCAAGUCGAGUUCGCCCCUUGAUUGAAUGAUAUCCAGAUGAAUUGAUUUGUGACGAAGGCACUAGCAGAAUGUGCCAAAUGUCACGUCAGCGACGACCAUUUUGAAUUUCGGCAAUUGCGUGGAACCUGCUUGGGAACUGGGUUGACGGAAUCAACUAAAUACUAUGCGUGGGAUCUGGGAAUACCAGAAAUAACUGUAUAAACUGAACUUGUGAUAAAGAGAACCACACUUAAUCAAAACAACAUUGCUUAACUUAUUAUUCGGACUGGAAAAGAUGCAAACCAACCUCGGUUUAUCUAACGAACGCGAAAUGUUCGGUAGAUAAACUUGGUUCUAACUUGUUUGCAAUGUUCGAUAGCAACUAAUUUAGACAUGACUCAAUCUGGGGGCGAACUCGACUUGGUGGGGGUCGAACUCGAAAAGUGUGGGGGUCGAACUCGAAAGGUGUGGGGGCGAACACGGUAUAAGGUAGUGGCGAACUCGAAGGGGCGAACUCGAUAGGGGGCGAAAGCGGCGGAUACCCAACAAGGAACUGCCAAGAAAAGAAAGAAAUCCAACCAUGAGUGGAAAAGUGAAGGAUCUGAACUCGAGACCACCAGAUUUCCAAAGAAGUGCCUUUAAUCACUCAAUCACUCUAAAAAAGCUUGCUGUGUUUUAGGCUCUUGUGUAUCACAGGAUUUUGCUUUAGGUUUUUGCGAGAAGUGCAUACAUACAAUUCUCGAGCCUCAAAUGUCACAUGGCUAACAGUGAGUGAUCAUUUACAGCCCUUGGUCAGCCGGAUGUGACUCUGGAAGGAUUUGAAAACAUCUCAACCCUCGAGGGAAUAACACUCGGUGUCGACUGGAAGUACUUUAGGGUAUGUUGCUUUUAAGAAAGAGAGUCGUAACAACCACCUGUGGUUAGUUUGUAAGAACAACUAGCUAACCGGGGUGGAACCUUAAUUUUUUCAGCACGCAGUCCACGCUGAAGUGACUUGUGGAUUUGUUAACCUUGGUGAGGUCAGAUCACGCGCGGCUAGCAAAAUGCACAUGUGCUUUUCAUUUUGUACUACUAUGAGACUUUCUAAUUCCGCUUCUGUUCUUAGUCUUCAGGUGUUUGAUUUGUUAAUUGCGAGUCAAAACUACGUUGACAAAUUUGAACUUUUUCUCAGAAAAAAAAAAUACAUAUAUAGGUCUUAUCAAACUCAGAGGGUUAGAUUGUACCUCGACUGUCUCUCUUAAGUGUGAUAAGACUUUCUUUACAUGAAAGGGUUUUUGUGAACAAAAAGCUUUCUGAUGAAGGAUCAUGACGCUUAAAAUGAAUCACAUGAUCGUGGCUUUUCUCGUUUACAUCACCAAGAGACAUUUGUGGUGAAUUUUUGGAUCGAUUCUUCUGCUGGUUCAUGCAACUUGUUAAUCUGGUAAUAUAAACUACCUUCCUAUUUGUGAAUGACGAAUAAAAUUGUAUGGUCACUAUUGUGAAUAAAAAUUACAAAAAAUAGGUCUUUGAUCUUGAUAUUCAUUUCACUUCUUAGGACUGCGAUGAAGAUGUUUACAAAGAGUGUGAAAAAGGUAGUAAAUGUAUCUCUUCUUUGCUCAGUGUCUUAUGGUUUUAUAUUAGAAGAUUUUUUUGAUAAAGCUGAUAAUUUGGGACACCUUUAUUCUCAGGGACAGCUCCACUCUAGGGACCCCUUUGGUAAUCCCUUGGAAAAUGUGCCAAAACCUCUAUUCAAGGGACACUUUCUUGUGUCAACGAUGUCCCCUUAGAAGAGGACACCUCCCUUAAAAGGAACCCAGACUGCAACUCGUAGGAAAUAUGUCCCCAUAACCGCUGGAUCUGUUGCCCUCGCUGAAGAGACACCUCUCUUCACGGGACGCUUUCUUGUGCUAAGGAUGUGCCCUUGGGAGAGAUUCAACCGAACGGGGACUUAACAGCCGGUUUUGGUUGUCGUAGUUCCAAUAGAUCUUUUUUGACUAAUGCUACUUUCUCUUCUGGUUAACAGUUGUGAAGUAUCUGGAGGAUAAAGGGGCGUCUGUGGUGGCCAUUCAGAUUCCUGAGUUGAUGGUACUGGCCUCAGAUUACAUUCUGAAUUUGUAAAAUAGACUUUAAUGUAACUACUAGCAUCUAAAUUCUCACUACAAUAAAACCUCUCAAUCACACACUAAGGUCAUGAGAAUAAAGGAAAUGAUCACCAACUAAAGAAGCUCUUGACAGUCAAACAAAUUCUUCAUGUGUGCACCCAAGGAAAAGUAUAGAGAACAGUAUGAAGAACAUGCAUACUGAUAAGCGGAGUGAAAGUAGUCCAUAAUCCUCUCGUUGUAAGCUAAACGCCCUAGAAGGAGUAUUGAAUUUUUUCGGACAUGGUAUCCACCGUUUCGUUUUUCCUUUUUUUGUAAUUUGAUAGCGGUUUGGGAUUUCUUGUUUUUGAUAUUUGCUUGCCCAGUUGAUAGGCCUUGUUUAUCAGUCAUUUCACGUAAGUUUGAAUUAUUGUUGUAAGCCUUUUACAUUCCAGUUUUCGCCUGUGGUAGUAAUAUUGGCCCGUGUUCUGGCCACUGAUACGCCACAGUGCACCCACGUACGACUAAGCCUAUGUUUUUACUUGACCAAAUCUAAGCAUUUUUGUAUUAAUUACAAAGAAAUGUCCCCCUAACUUACUCAGUUUUUUUUAAUUGUCACAUGUUUCUGCCUUUCAAAGUUAUACUUUAUCAGCCAGGUAUGAAAACGUAGUUAUAACAUGUAUGAUAUAGUUUGAAAAUUUUGUGUCCAUCUCCUCCUUUAGGAGACGUUAAGCGCUCACGGAAUCAGCAUCAUUUCAGAAAUGGCGGCUGGUUUGGAGGAAGAGUUCGACAAAUAUUAUAAUGAACUGGUAAUUAUUGGGAUUCAUAAAAGUUAAUAGAACUGUUGAAGUCUUGAACAGAAAGAAACGGUUUCUUUCUCAGCACGACUGUUGUUGUUUUUUAAAGAGAGGUUGGGGCAAGAGGGGGGUCGUGAGAAGUGUUUUUCGGAAUCCCCAAACACCCGAAUAGGUGAGAAUUCUUCCCGGCGUAGCUUAAACCUAUGUUUUCAACUUUCAACGAAUCUUUGAUGAUUCACAGAACCCGGAGACUGCAUCUAAUUUGGGUAUGGCGCGACUUGUUACUGCUCGGCACUACUUUCAGGUGCGUUUUAUUUAACAUUUUUUCCAGUUUGUCUAUCUGUACGUUCAUCUGUGUACCUCCUGUGUAUCUCUCUGUUGCUAUUUUGUUUGUUUGUUUUCUCUUUUCCGCUGAUGCUUUCUGCUAGUCCGUCUGUCUGACACUUAUCUAUCCGUUCGUGCGUCUGAAAGUCCAUCUUCUUGUCACAUUUCACUCUAUUUGCUUGUUUGUCUUUCCAUUUUGCUGUUCGACUGUCUUUUCCAUUCACUGUCACUCUUCAGUUUGAGUCUCUGUCUGUCUGUCUGCCUCUUUAUCUGUCUUUAUCCGCUAUAAGCGUUUACUUAUUAUGUUCCGGUUACCUAUUUCAUACCUUAAAACUCAACUAUUCUAAUUUUAACAGGCCCUGAAGCAGCGAACAAGGUCCAUGGCUUUCUUGAAAAAGAUUUUUGAUGAGGAUGGUGUUGACUGUAUUUUAACCCCAGGUGAGGUUCAAAUCAAGAAGAUCCAGGCAACUGGAUUAGAUGUGUGGACUACUCCCUGUUCUUGCCUUGUGGAUGCCACAGGCUAACCACGCCAUAUCCCAGGCCACCCGACAGAAAACCAAUUAAUUAUUUUGGAACAUCUUAAUGUGCUACUUUUCAAACCCUCCACGCACCCUACCGAAAUGAAUUUAGGAGUGUUACAUAUUGUCUUAAUUCAUUUCCAAAUUCGACCAACGAAUUAGAGGUAAAAGUAGCUUCAAAAUAUUUCUGCCAAUUCGUAAUCACAUCACAUCACAUCACAUUCGUAAAAACAUCAGGUUGGCAAUAGUAGUUAAGACCGACAGUUUGAACUUGACAUUUUCUGACACCGUAGUCGAGUGAAUAUUGCUGAUCGAUGAACAAGUAGAAAUUGGAUUUUUCUCUUCCGGACAUUUGGUUGGAUGGAUUUGCAACUGAUGUUCCCAGUAAUAGCAAUAAUAAAGAUAAUAAUAAUAAUAAUAGUAAUAAUAAUAAUAAUUAUUAUUAUUAUUACUAUUUUGCUAUCUUUUUUGUUCUAAUUUAAGACAAACUCCUAUGUUGCAGGACUUGGAAUGAAAGUACCCAGAAUCCCUGACGAUGCUUUAGAAUAUGGUGAAGGAAACCUCAUGACAACUACGCAAAUAAUGAGGUGAGGUGUAUUAGCGGGAAAGCAUGUGACAAGUCACGUGAACUUGGGGGUGGGGAGGGCUGAGUGACAUCGCAUUGGACCGCUGUGUAUGAGACUAAAUUGCAGGAGCCAAUGCUAACGUAAAGUAAAUAUGGAUUAAUUACAUAAAGCGUAGGAAAAUGCGUGUGACUAAGGCACGAUUGGUGGAGCCAAUAUAACUGAUGGGUCGAGAGAGCAACGCGGGUUUUUUUUCAACCAAUCACAGGUUGUAGUUAGUUUAGGCCGGUCAACCAAAGAUUAUGUGAAACGCUAAAUUCACAAUCAUUCUACCAAUACGUCUACUAAAAUGUAAAUGUCAAAAAUUAAAAUUUUCCUGCAGAAGGUUCUCAAGUUAACCCUUUAACUCCUAUGAGUGACCAAGACAGAAUUUCUCCUUACAAUAUCAAUACAAUAUCAAGAAGGCAGGUGAUGAGAAUAGAGAGGAAUAUCAAUUUAGGGAUUAUUAGUUGAUCCAAUACUAAGUUCUCUGAACUAAUAUUAUAAGAAUUGUAUGAUUGACAGUAAGGAGAAUAUUAAAUUUGAUCUGGGAGUGAAGGGUUAAAGACAAAAUCAUUCGCCAUUCAGUAUCAACAUGGGAAGUUGGCUUAUUGGCAUGGAACUCGUAAGUUUAGGUCGCGUAAUGUCCCAUUUCAAGAUUCAAGUUUAGCUUGAAGAAUUUUUGUUUGUUUGUCUGUUUGUUUCAGGUAUAUGGGAAUCGGAAAUUUUACCGGUGUUCCAGGGAUGACCCUUCCAGUUGGUUACGAUGAUCAAGGCCUUCCGAUCGCCUUGCAGAUUAUGAGUUCCUGGUGGAAUGAACAUACCAUGUUGCGUGUGGCGCACGCUGCAGAGGGCUUUGUAACCAAAAAGAAACCACAGGUGUAUUACAGCCUGCUGGAAUAAUGGACUCGAACAACGACUUUUUUUAACUUUUCUCCUGAAGCGCUAAGCGUUAUGUGAUGCUUUUGUCACGAGAAAUUACGCAAACUUGUUGUGUUUCUGUCCAUCUUGAACCUGGGGAUGUAGCUAAUCAGAAAUAUUUUGUGAUUUGUUUAGGGAACAUAAUUUUAUUUACAGAAUUGAAUCA